UGUCUUGGAGUUGAUGGCGCGAGUACACGCGACACGAGGUGACUGCGACGAGUGCGAAAUCAACUCGAACUGGAACCCAAUAUCGAAUAUCGAAUAUCAAAAUCGAAUCGAUGCGAAUCGAAUUGUGUCUCUUUGCGUGUUACGUGAGAUAAGCUGAAGCCGCCGCCGCCACCGCCGUCAUUCGCUACGUGAACAACAACAAUUGCAUUUUGUUAUACAAAUUUUUUUUUUUGAAGUGCAUUAGAAAGAAAAGCAUAAAGUUAAAACAAGAAAAGUGAAACAUGCUAAAACUGUUCGGUUCGAAAGAUAUUGAAACUUAACGUAAGGUGUUGCCUAUAUUACAGUUCCUAAUUUAUUGAAAAAAAAAAACAAGAAUACUUAAUAAAAAAAACCGAUUGAUAUAUAAUUAUCAUCAUCAAGGAAGGAGAACAUCAUUAUCACGACGUCGUUACCCGGGUCAAUAAUGCUGGUGCCGUCGGACAUGAUCGCGGCACAGUCCAAGAUGGUCUAUCAAAUGAACAAAUAUUGUGCGGAUCGUGUGCAGGUGCGAAAGGCGCAGAUCCACAAGCAGAUCCAGGAGGUCUGUCGCAUUGUCCAGGACGUGCUCAAGGAGGUCGAGGUGCAGGAGCCCCGCUUCAUAUCCUCCCUCAAUGACUACAACGGCCGGUUCGAGGGCUUGGAAGUGAUCUCACCCACAGAAUUCGAAAUCAUCAUCUACCUCAAUCAGAUGGGCGUACUCAAUUUCGUGGACGAUGGCACCCUACCCGGCUGUGCGGUGCUCAAGCUAAGCGAUGGACGCAAACGUUCCAUGUCCCUGUGGGUGGAGUUCAUCACAGCAUCGGGCUAUCUAUCGGCGCGCAAGAUCCGCUCCAGAUUCCAAACGCUGGUGGCACAGGCUUGCGACAAGUGCGCUUAUCGUGACAUCGUCAAAAUGAUCGCCGACACCACCGAGGUGAAGCUGCGGAUCAGGGAGCGCAUCAUUGUGCAAAUUACACCCGCCUUCAAGUGCGCCGGACUCUGGCCAAGAUCAGCCUCCCAUUGGCCAUUGCCCGGCAUACCCUGGCCACAUCCCAAUAUUGUUGCAGAGGUUAAGACUGAGGGCUUCGACAUGCUAUCCAAGGAGUGCAUUGCCCUCCAAGGAAAGAACUCCGCCAUGGAGGGUGAUGCCUGGGUGCUUAGCUUUACAGACGCCGAGAAUCGACUUUUGCAAGGUGCCAGUCGCCGUCGUUGCCUUAGCAUAUUAAAGACUUUACGGGACCGUCAUCUGGACCUGCCGGGCAAUCCCGUAACGUCGUACCAUCUGAAAACCUUGCUGCUUUACGAAUGCGAGAAACAUCCGAGGGAGAUGGAGUGGGAGGAGAACUGCAUUGCGGAUCGCAUCAAUGGCAUAUUUCUACAGCUGAUCUCGUGCCUGCAAUGCCGGCGCUGUCCUCACUAUUUCCUGCCCAACAUGGAUCUCUUUAAGGGCAAGUCACCAGGUGCUCUCGAGAACGCCGCCAAACAGGUCUGGCGUCUCACCCGUAUCAUGUUGACCAAUGUGCGCUGCCUGGAGGAGUUGUAGGGUGCCUGAGCAAGUAGUGAGGGGAUCUUUUUUUUUUUAAAUCAUUUUGUUAUUAUUUUUAUUUAAAUUUAAAUUUUGUUUAAUGUUUGGUUUUUUUCUUUAGUGUGGAAAACGAGCUGAAAACAAAAGCCACAUAAUGUGACCCAUUACAAUUAGAGAGUAGAAUGGGGGUAGAAGCGAAUGGGGGUAACGCUCAGAGAGGUAGUUCGGAAAUUUAUCCCAAAUACUAUUUGAUAUUUCAUUAGCUUGUAAUUUAGUUCUUAGGUGCUUUCGAAAAGUAUACGCCGCUUAAAGAGUUUCCUAUAUUUAAUUAAUACAAAUACACAUACAUAUACAAAUACGUAUACAAAUACCUACAUAGAUCUACCAUAUAAUACUUAUGUAAAUGAGUAUAACAAGAUCAUAAAUACGCACAACAUUAUGUAUACAAAUAUAUAUAUAUAUAUAUAUUUAUAUAUAUAAACAGCGCCUAAGUAAACUAAGUUUAACUACUCCAAUUUUUUUUUAGAUUGCAAACAUUUUUGCCAGGCGGCAAAUAAAAUUAGCUAAAGUAUUUAGUUUAAGUUAAGAAACAAUAAGAAUCGCUCAACUUGUCAAAAUGCGGUUGAAGCUAUUUUUUUUUUGUUUUAAUUAUUUAUUUGUGUUUGCCUUUCUUGUGAGUUUAGUCAAUAAAAACUUAAGUUUUUUCAACAAA